AUGGUCCUCAUGCUUCGGCCUUUUCUGAGCUUCAAUGAAAAUCAAAGUUUUCACCUUGAGGAUAAAUUUAAUUCAAAUUUUUUGGCAUUAGUUUGCGUUGGACAAAAUAAAAGUGGUUUAAUGGAGGCGUUGUAUAAAAAUCUGCAAUAUAUACGCGAUACUCCCACAGUAUUAUUUGCAGUUUCGGAAAAACAAAUUCAAAACCUAUUCCUAAAGUGUCUUGAAAAUAAAAUGCUAAAUGUGUUGGCUUUUAAAGGACAUUCUCGAAAGAUUAUCUAUAGUUUUCGUGCCUUUCCAGAGCUUAAAAUAAUCAAAAGGAAAGUAAAGAAAUUACCAAGAUACUUUGAGCCACAACUUAAGGAUAUCGGGGGAUGGGUCCUGAAAACUGUUCCCGAUAAUAUAAUGCCCCGUACAGUUAGCUACCGAGAUGCCAAUGGAAAUCGUCAGUUGGCUGGUUACUUGGCCCAACUUAUUCGAACCUACGUGAAAUCCAUUAAUGCUACUCUUCAAAUUAUGUGGGACCUCUCACCCGAAGAUGGAAUGAUUCACUUGACGGAUAUAUUGCAACGUCUUAAUGUGGAUAUUCCCCUUGGAAUGGAUGCCCUCGGAUAUGGCUCGCCAAAGCAGAAUAUUCCCAUGGAGAUAUCCAAGUGGUUCCUGAUGAUUCCGAUGGAGCCGUGCCUACAACGAGCUCGAUUCUUCUAUUUCACGAAUCUGGGCUUCCAGGCCAUGAUCCUAUUGGCAGUGAUUAUGCUAGGGGUGCUGUGCAGUGCCCUUCGCUUGGAAGUACGUCCCUAUUCCGUCCGCCGAUGGUGGUGCAUUGAAGAUCAAGUCCUGAGAGGAAUCCUGGCACAGCCGUUUAUAUUACCCAGACCCUUGGCAGCCAGAUUAAUGUUUAUAUAUUGGCUUUUACUGAUAAGCGGAUUUUUUAUGACCAACUACUAUUCGGCCGUUCUGGAGACUUGGCUGAUUAAUCCCCCCGUGAUGUCUCAAAUCCUUAGCUGGCAGGACAUGCGAUCUAUGAAUCUUAAAGUUCUUGUCAUCAAAGACGAAUAUAAAAAUUGGCCUCAUAUGGUUGGCGAGGAUUUUGUUAAAGAGCAAAAUGAUAUUUUUAUGUUGACAGACUCGGCUGAUUUUCAAAGGAGGCGCCUGCUGAUGGACCCAUCCUAUGCCUACCCAGUGACCAUGACCUUGUGGCCUCUCCUGGAGCAGGAGCAGGCCCGGCUAGAUCGACGCAUAUUCCGGGAAUCAGAGGAGAUGGUAUUCAGGCCCUUCCUAAUUCUUUCAAUACCACUACCGGAUAACUCUAUAUUUCAAAAAUCUUUCCAGCGAUAUGUACAACUGACGCAUCAGAGCGGAUUAUAUAAGUAUUGGUUUAAAAGAGCCUUCGAGGAGCUGAGAGCCCUUGAAAAAAUAUCCUACAAAGUAGAUACUGAUUUAAGUUCUUACCGAGAUCUUAAGGUCGAAGAUUACUGCUACGUAUGGUUGGGCUACUUCUGUGCAAUCCUAGCCAGCUUUGUUGUUUACUUGUUGGAGCUUGGCUUCCACUGUUGGCAAGUAAAAAAUAAUCAUAAAUCGCAAUUAGUCACCCUUCGCACCACCACCCUUUAA